AUGGUCCCCAACUCGUCAUCUCCCGACUCAAUGCCUAGACGAAUGGCUAGCUUUGCGUGCUUACGUGGUUUGCCAGAUCACAUCAUAGCUACUGUCUUCGGAACGCUAGCCUUAGUGUUGAGUUUCGUCGUCCUAAGUCGCCAGCCCGCACAAAAGCUCCAUAUUGUCGUCGUCUGCUGCCUCCUCCUCUACUACCUCGUCGUCGCCUCCGAGGCUAGCUCUUUGCCACCGUCGCGACUUAUUGUGCUCGUUGUAGUUAACCGCCUUAUACGCAUUAACGCGCUGCUCGUACUUUACGGCACGCUUAAAGCAUAA